AUGUUGGCACGUUUCAAUGCCCAGCAGUGGCUAACGAGAGAAAACUGGAGGCUGCAAGCCAAGGGCUCAUCCCACGCAACACGGGAUGGCUGGUCUAACGAGGACGUCGACGUGGUCCCGGCUGUAAAGCGGACUUGGAGAACGAUAGACUACUUGUGGCUUUGGUUAUCUGACGGGGCCAACGUAGGAACUAUGCAGCAAGCAGGUUCCAUCGUCUCACUUGGACUGAGUUGGCGCGAAGCUGCUGUGGCCAUUGCGGUUGGCAAUUUGAUUAUAGGAAGUGCUGUAACUCUCAAUGGUGCCAUCGGCUCCAGGCAUCACAUACCUUUCUCCAUCGCCUCGCGCGCAUCGAUGGGGUUUCACUUCUCAUACUUUGCUGUAGUCUCUAGACUCGUGUUGGGUUUACUCUAUUUUGGUAUAAACACAUAUAUCGGUGCAUCGUGCAUGCUUAUCAUGCUGGAGUCUAUCUGGCCGUCGUUGCGAUCCUAUCCUAACGCAUUGCCCAGCUCGGCAAGCGUUACUAGCAACAAGAUGAUCGCGUACUGCGUCUUCUGGACACUGCAAUUCCCAUUACUUUUGAUACACCCUCGAAAGAUGCGCUGGCUGUUCUUUAUCAAAUCAACGUGCGCCAUCAUAGCAGCCUUUGCAAUGCUUGGCUGGGCUGUCAAGGUUGGCGGCUCUGGUCCUGUAUUCGGCCAAGUGAGCAAACUACAAGGAUCCCAGAGGAGUUGGGCGUAUCUUGCAGGUUUCAACAUCGCAAUAUCAGGUAAGACGACUUUGGCCAUCAACAUGUCCGAUUUGACGAGGUAUGCCAGACAACCUUCGGCGGCGUACUGGCAGAUGCUUUUCAUUCCGGUUGUGUACUGGACUUUUUCUUUCAUCGGCAUCGUCAUCGCAUCUGCUGGGCAGGCUAUAUACAAUGAGCUAUAUUGGGAUCCGACCUCUAUCAUCGCGCUCUGGACCAAUCGUGCCGCAGCCUUCUUCUGUGCGUUUGCGUUCGGUCUCGCAACGCUUGGCACAAAUAUCAGCACGAACUCAAUCGCGACUAGCAAUGAUCUCGCAUUCCUGGCACCUGAAUGGGUGAAUCUGCGACGUGGAGCCGUGAUUACAUCUCUGAUAGGCGGAUGGGCAACAUGUCCCUGGAAAGUCCAAGCGAGUGCGAAAAGCUUGACAACAUUUCUAUCCGGCUACGUGAUCGUACUUGCGCCGUUAAUUGCCAUCAUGGUUACAGACUACUGGAUCAUCCGGGGUCGCAAACUAGACGUUGCUGGACUGUACAACAACGAGGGACAGUAUCACUAUUGGAAAGGGAUAAACUGGAGGGCACUGGCCACGCUCCUGAUCGUGGUCCCCAUCAACCUUCCGGGACUUGUCGACGCUAUUAAUCCGCAAGUCUCGGUUGCUGCGAGCUAUGCCAAUUUCUACAAAGGCAGCUGGCUGACAUCUACAUUCAUGGCGGCAUCCGUGUACGUCACAUUGAGCAUGGUACUUCCACCCAGAGCAACGUCUUGCGACGAGACGGCCCGCGAAGCUGUCGAUCCCAAUGACCGUGCUGAGAAGCCGGAGACCGGCUCGUUGCGUGGGAAACAAGACUGCCACCUUGCCGCGGGAUCGUCCGAGCUAGUCUAG